UUCCCUCAAAGGGCUCUGGGAACUACCUCUCCGGGUGAGGAGGGUACGGCUCCGGCAGGACGCGCGUUGCGGGGGCGUCGCACUGUCCGCAGCCCGGUCCAGACUUGCAGAGUGUUUGAGUGGCAGGCCGGGAGGGGUAUCUUUUCCUUUACUCUGCGCUCAGACAGCGCCAACCCCUCCUUCCCUCCCCCCACUGCCGUGUGCUCCCUGCCCGGCUCCCCGCGUCAGCUUUUCCUGGGCCCCUGGAUGAGCUGGGGCCUGGAGGUUCGAAGGUAACGGCCGCUGCCUGGCGCGGAAGCGAGGGGCGCGCCCCUCUUCAGCCCAGCAAACCCCGCCCCCGGCCCUUGCCUCCAUGGGCCCAACUCAGAAACCCAACGUGUGCCGCCAGCUGAGCCGCCGGGCGCUGGGCUUCUUCUCGCGGGACGCAGGCGUGGUGCAGAGGACGAACCUGGGCAUCCUGCGGGUGCUGGUGUGCCAGGAAAGUACUAAAUUUAAGAAUGUUUGGACAACUCAUUCCAAGUCACCUAUAGCCUAUGAGAGAGGAAGAAUAUAUUUUGACAAUUAUCGGUGCUGUGUCAGCAGUGUUGCAUCCGAGCCAAGAAAACUUUAUGAAAUGCCAAAAUGUUCCAAAUCAGAAAAAAUAGAGGAUGCUUUAUUAUGGGAAUGCCCAGUGGGGGAAAUACUUCCCAAUCCAUCAGAUUAUAAAUCCUCACUCAUAGCACUGACUGCACAUAAUUGGCUAUUUCGCAUAUCAGCAACUACUGGAAAAGUCCUUGAGAAAAUAUAUCUUGCUUCAUAUUGCAAAUUCAGAUAUUUGAGCUGGGACACUCCUCAAGAAGUCAUUGCAGUCAAGUCAGCUCAAAACAAAUGUUCAGCAUUGGCCCGGCAGGCAGGCAUUCAACAGCCUAUUUUGCUGUACCUUGCAGUGUUCCAUGUUUUACCUUUUUCACUCAUAGGGAUUCUGGAGAUCAGCAAGAAGAUUUUCGGGAACGUUACAGAUGCUACCUUGUCUCAUGGGAUACUGAUUGUGAUGUACAGCUCAGGACUGGUCAGACUCUAUAGCUUCCAAGCCAUCAUUGAACAGUUCAUGCAACAGAAACUUGACUUAGGGUGUGCAUGCAGAUGGGGUGGGACUGCUGGAACUGUAGGAGAGGCUCCUUUUGGCAUUCCUUGUAAUAUUAAAAUCACAGACUCACCACCACUGCUUUUUGAGGUGUCCUCCCUGGAGAAUGCUUUCCAGAUUGGAGGCCAUCCUUGGCACUAUAUCAUCACACCUAAUAAGAAGAAACAGAAAGGAGUUUUCCAUAUUUGUGCCCUGAAAGAUAAUUCCUUGGCAAAAAAUGGGAUCCAAGAAAUGGAAUGUUGUUCUCUAGAAUCUGACUGGAUCUAUUUUCAUCCUGAUGCUUCUGGUAGAAUAAUACAUGUUGGCCCCAAUCAGGUCAAAGUUUUAAAGCUAAAUGAAGUAGAAAAUAAUAGUGCCCAGCAUCAGAUCUCUGAAGACUUUGUCAUUUUGGCCAACAGGGAGAAGAACAAAAAUGAAAAUUUACUAACUGUUACAGCUUCUGGACGGGUGGUGAAAAAAAAAUUUAACCUUCUGGAUGAUGACCCAGAACAAGAGACUUUUAAAAUUGUGGACUAUGAAGAUGAGCUGGAUUUGCUUUCUGUGGUAGCUGUUACCCAAAUAGAUGCUGAAGGAAAAGCUCACCUGGAUUUCCACUGUAAUGAAUAUGGAACUUUACUUAAAAGCAUUCCACUAGAGGAGUCAUGGGAUGUGACAUACAGCCAUGAAGUCUACUUUGACAGAGACUUGGUACUACACAUAGAACAGAAACCCAGCAGGGUCUUCAGCUGCUACGUUUACCAGAUGUUUGCAGAUAAAUGUCAAGCUAAUUAUGAUCAACAGUGCUGAGGAGAAAAAGGUGUUAACCUAUUCCAGAGAUCAAGAAAUUAGUAGCAGAGUCCAUAAAUUUAAAAGAAAUACAAGGAACAAACCUAAAACUAUCUUUUGUGCAAUAGGUAAGAUUGCUAACGUUUUAGAAUAACAGAAAAUAUUUAUAUGUGGCCAAAGAUAAAUCUUUUUGUGUCUGACCUUAAGUGUAAUAACCAUUUGGGCAAGUAGAAGUGAUUACCUUGUGAGCAAGGUAUAACUAUCUUCAUAUAUUAAUUCUAAUCCUUGUAUCUCUACUAAUGGAAAAAUCCAUUCUUGUUUUAUGCAUAUUUAAUAUAAUAUUUGAAGCUUUCAGAGCAUUUUAGAGACCUGAUUGUGGUUACAGAGCAGUUGAAUAAUUAUGAUGUACCGGAUAUUGCCCCAAACUUCCAAUUAGACACUAGCUAUAUCUAAACAGUCAUGCCCAAUGAAUUUACAUCUUGAAAAACAAGUCCAGUAAGAGGGAAUAGAUUAAAAUACCAGAGAAAAGAAAGAAACCAGUGUUGUAUGGGUUUCAAAGCAGAUGCAGUGCUAUGUAAAAGCUGAAAGCCUAUUCUCCAUUUCCAAGAGUGUUUCAGAAAAGGUUAAGACUUCAGUCCGGUUUGAUUUUUUUAAGAAGAGGUUUAUUGAGUUUCCCCAUCUCCUUUAAGUCACUCUCUUCUUUUAAUGAAAUGAUAGGAACUCAUCUGCUCAGAAAGGCAUCUGAGAAUUAGCUGAGAUUCUUGGCUGCUUUUUAGGCUGGGGGCAGGAGUGGGUGGGUGGCUAGAAUACUUCUAGUCUAGGUAUGAACUGACCACUGAGAAACUCCGCAUGUUUCACCACUGCUAAAGUCAGACUAGACCAGGAUCCUUAUGCCGUAUCAGCCGGACACUUUUACCUCAGUGUAAAAGACCACGGGGGGGGGGGGGGGGGGGGGGAAGGUCAGUUGUGGGCACUGUAGCAAAAGAAGGGUUAUGCCCCAACUGGAAGGACAAGCUGUUCCUAUUUAGGUUCAGCUGAUUGUAACAUUUUGUGGGAAUGUGGGCUGCAUGACUUUUAACAAGAUGGUUGAUAAAAAGAUGCCAGAUGAUACAGAAGAUAGUAAAGAAUGUGGGAAAUUUACAGAUAACACACACAGCAGGAGACAGUACAGCACGCUUCCCAAAAAAGUGUGGGUGUCCCAGCCCCCCAUAGUGGCAUCGCAGCUGUUCAUUCCGCCACCUGCCAGCCAUGACACCGCCAUUCUCUUGGGGUGGAGGGACGUGGUGGUUAAUAUCCUCCUGGCCCCACCUCAACCCCCACUCUCUGCCUGACUCUUUUAGAGUCUUCAGUGGUGUGGCCCGCCUACCUAACAGGCACUACUGAUAGGCAUAAAACAUUAUGGGCAACGUUUCUGAGUGUUUAAUGCAAAACUGAGGGAAGCAAUUUAGCUUCUUCCAGCAGGUCUAGAUAUUAAGCUGAUGAGAAGCGUAUUUCUACAUUUCACUCCUUGCGAUGCUGUGUUCUCACACUAUCGAGGCAGCAAGAUUAUCCUUCUUUGACUUGAAAAUGUUUCUCUCAACUCUGAGAGAAAACAAAUCAAAUCCUAUUGUAGUUGCUGUUUGAACUGCCUAGUGAGGAGAUGAUGUUCUAUUUAAACAAAUUAAGGUACUUGACAUUCUUCCACCAACUGAAUGUUUUGUUUCUUGUACAUAUUUUUUAAAUGGUAACUUACAUUUAUUGACUGCUUUCUAUCUACCAGUCACUAUGAUAACAUGUAAAAUGAAAUGGUUCACUCAACAUUCAGAAUAACCAUAUGAAGUGUGAAACUACUGUUAUCCUUCCACAUUUUGUAAAUGAGUAUCAUGAGGCUUACAGAAGUUACUUUGCCACAACUAAUAAGUGCAGAGAUAGGAAACACAUCCAGAUUCUUUUGACACAAACUUAUGCCAGAUUUCCUCCAAAGCUCUCAAAAAGCAAAUCAUGUUACUUUGUCUCAUAUAAAGCAUACCAAUAAUGAUAAUAUUAGGUACAAGAAAAUACUUAGUAAGUGUUUUUUUUAAUGAUGUCUGGAUAUCCAAAUUUUGGACAAAGUUUGGAUGAAAUACAGUUGGCCUAUUCACAUAUCUAACUUGACAUAAAUGAUGGUUCUUCAUUCAGUAGUUAAAAGUAUUUUUUU